CAGAGGGAUCCCAAAGGCAACUUCAAUUAAGCUUUUUGUCUGUGAGAAGUGUUUGUGUUACUGCAGUGCAUUUAGACUACAUUGCAUUCAAUCAGAAAACUUAUUCUUCUUUCAUUAGUGAUCUCUGGAUGACUGGAUGGCCGACUGACCGAAACAACCAUCAAGAACAGAUACCAGGAUCUCUACUGCUACUGGCACCCAACACUGGCGCGCAUAUCCCUCUCCCUUACGUUAUCGUUCAUCAAAAGUUCAGCAAGGCCAAUUCCGCAAUCCCAGCACCACAGUAUCGUUUUUUUUUAUUCUCGUCGUAACCAGUUUCUGCACGCUGUUAAGCAGUGCUCCAUUACCACCCAGUAGUAAGUGGAUCACAACAGGCAACUGAGUCUCGCCAUUAUCCCUUUUGCACCAACCACUUGUAAAAAAGAACUUGCAAACACGCUGCUUCUGCAAGGCUCAUCAUAAUAACAGAAUGAGGAACACAACAAUGGAUGUCGGGAUACUCUCAAUUAGCCAAGAGCGAUCCUUAAACCCUUGAGUGAGUGCAUUCACUGGUUGCGGGCAAUAGAUGAGGGACGGGUUAAUGCUGGCAUCUAUUUUAGCCAGGCUGGCAAUAUAUUCUUCCAGCUCUGAGAGUGUUGUACUGUGCGCUUAUUUUGAGUUUAACCACGCUAUCCAACUACACGAGCGCAAGAGCAACCGGACUUUUUUUUAUUCUUUCCUUGAAUACGACAAGCGUAAACGAGCUGAACAGGUCUAUCUUACGGACAAAAAUAAGAUAGGGUCGCGGGACGGGGCUGUUGGUGUUGUAGUUCAAGAUCGCCAUAAAUAUCACUAUUGUACUACAACUUUUGUAACUUGCUUAUAAGGCGCGUGGGGCUAAUCUACUAUCCGAGCCUCGAUUGGCAUGGAGUGUAAAAAAAUAUAAGCGUAUAUUUUUCCUAUGCUUCACCUUCUGUCCUUAUGACAUAACGUACUCAGUUCUGGACGGCUACUGUAUCAACUGUGG